GCGCGCUUGGCUGUGCUCGGCGCCCGAGGCCAUGGCGGAACAGCGGUACUGCGUGGACUACGCCAAGCGCGGCACGGCCGGCUGCAAGAAGUGCAAGGAGAAGAUCCUGAAGGGCAUGGUCCGCAUUGGGAAGGUUGUGCCCAACCCCUUCACCGAGUCGGGCGGCGACAUGAAGGAGUGGUACCACGUGAAGUGCAUAUUCGAGAAGCUGGAGCGGGCUCGUGCCACCACCAAGAAGAUCGAGGACAUCACAGACCUCGAGGGGUGGGAGGAGCUGCAAGACGCCGAGAAAGACCUCAUCAACCAGCUUAUCUCGGAGGCCACAUCCAAGUCUGCAAGCACACCUAAGAAGAAGGCAACAGUCCAGGCUAAGCUGUCCCCCAGUGGGCAGAUAACCUCCCCCAAGAAAGAUCCAGGAGCUGUUCCUAAUCCAUCUCCAAAGAAAUUCUCUGGUUUCACAGCUAAACCAGGCAGUUCUGAGGACACCCCUGCAAAUUCUUCCCACAAGUCUACUCUGUCUUCAAAGAAGUGUGACCCAAAGCACAAGGAUUGUUUGUUGCGGGAAUUCAGAAAAUUGUGCGCCAUGGUUGCUGACAAACCCAGCUAUAACGUGAAAACACAGAUCAUCCAGGACUUUCUGCAGAAAGGGACUGGGGGAGAUGGCUUUCAUGGUGACUUGUACCUGACUAUUAAGCUGCUGUUGCCGGGUGUCAUUAAAAUUGUGUACAACUUGAAUGACAAGCAGAUUGUAAAGCUGUUCAGCAGAAUUUUCAACUGCAGCCAGGAUGAAAUGGUCCGGGACCUGGAGCAGGGAGAUGUUUCAGAAACAGUCCGCAUCUUUUUUGAGGAGAGCAGGUCCUGUCCUCCAGCUGCCAAAAGUCUCCUCACAAUCCAGGAAGUGGACGAGUUCCUAAUCGGACUGUCAAAGCUUACAAAGGAGGAUGACCAGCAAACUCUGCUUCAGGGUAUCACUCGCAGGUGCACGGGCAAUGACCUGAAAUGCAUCAUCAGGCUUAUAAAGCACGAUUUGAAAAUGAAUGCUGGUGCAAAGCAUGUGUUAGAUGCUUUGGAUCCAAAUGCCUAUGAGGCAUUCAAAGCAUCACGCAAUCUUCAGGAUGUUGUGGAGCGUGUGCUAAGAAACCAGCAGGAGGCAGAGAAGCAGCCGGGUCUGAAGCGAACCCUCAGUGUGCAGGCCUCUCUGAUGACCCCUGUUCAGCCUAUGCUGGCUGAAGCCUGCAAGUCAAUAGAAUAUGCCAUGAAGAAGUGUCCGAAUGGGAUGUACGCAGAGAUCAAGUAUGAUGGGGAGCGAGUGCAGGUCCACAAGAAUGGAGAUCAUUUCAGCUACUUCAGCCGAAGCCUCAAGCCAGUCCUUCCUCACAAAGUGGCCCAUUUUAAGGACUUCAUCCCCAGAGCUUUUCCUGGUGGACACAGUAUGAUCUUGGAUUCAGAAGUUCUUCUCAUUGACAACAAAACAGGCAAACCACUCCCUUUUGGGACCCUUGGAGUCCACAAGAAAGCUGCUUUCCAAGAUGCCAAUGUCUGCUUGUUUGUAUUUGAUUGUAUCUACUUCAAUGAUGUCAGCCUGAUGGACAGGCCUUUGUGUGAGCGUCGUAAGUUUCUCCAUGAUAACAUGGUUGAAAUCCAGCCGGAUCCUCUUCUCCGAGAUGAAGCAUGUCACAAAAGCUUCAGAUCUGGCAGAUAUGAUAAUAGAGUCAUCCGUGAGGGACUGGAAGGACUGGUGCUGAAGGAUAUAAAGAGCACGUAUGAGCCAGGAAAACGUCACUGGCUGAAAGUGAAAAAGGACUAUCUAAAUGAAGGUGCCAUGGCUGAUACAGCAGACCUGGUGGUUCUGGGAGCUUUCUACGGACAAGGCAGUAAAGGUGGAAUGAUGUCAAUUUUCCUAAUGGGCUGCUAUGAUCCCAAGACUGAAAAAUGGUGUACGGUGACAAAGUGCUCUGGUGGGCAUGAUGAUGCCACCUUAGCUCGCCUGCAGAAUGAGCUGGACAUGGUGAAGAUCAGCAAGGAUCCCAAUAAAAUUCCAAGCUGGCUAAAAAUAAAUAAGCUCUACUAUCCAGAUUUCAUUGUUCCAGACCCAAAGAAGGCCCCAGUGUGGGAGAUAACAGGUGCGGAGUUCUCUAAAGCAGAAGCCCACACGGCAGAUGGGAUUUCCAUUCGUUUCCCUCGUUGUACCCGGAUCCGAGAUGACAAAGACUGGAAGACAGCUACCAAUCUCCCUCAACUCAAGGAGCUGUACCAGCUCUCCAAAGAGAAGUCUGAUUUCAGUGUUGUUGCUGGAGAGGAGGAGGUAUCUCCAGCUGGUAGCAGUGGAGAGAAUGAUGGAAAUUCAGGGUCUUCCACACCACACAAUACUCCUAAAACUCCCCCAAGGAAGUCGCCUGCAAAAACCAAGAAGUCUGAAGGUAACAAUUUAGUCUAUGUGACCCCCGAAAAGAAAGUGGAGGAUAAACGAGGGGAGAAGCGGAAAGCAGCCGAGCUGGAUGACAAUGGGAAGAAGAUAUUGCUGGACAUAUUUACAGGGGUGAGGCUGUACCUACCACCCUCCGUGGAGAACUUCAGCAAAAUCCGGCGGUACUUUGUGGCAUAUGAUGGGGACCUUGUACAAGAGUUUGAUACGGCUUCUGCAACACAUGUGAUAGGGGACCUUGAGGAGAACCCUGGAGCUAAGCGUGUGUCACCCAGUUGGAUCUGGGAGUGUAUCCGCAAGCGGAGACUGGUAGCCCCCUGCUAAAAAUGCAAGGCAGCUGACUUGGUUGGCUUUGCUGUGCUUAAGUAGGGAAUGCCCUCAGGAAACAACAGAGACUAGGUAGGUGGAAUAAAUGCAGAUUCCUUGUUCUUUCUACCAACCACCCUGUAUAACACCCAGAGUUCCUCAAAGCUGGGCUCUCAGGAUCUGUAGCAGUGACACUGAUUUUUAUCGGUGCCAGCUGGAAUGCACUCCCUACAGGGUGGCACCAUUAAAAUCUGUUUGUCUCCUGCCCAUCAUUUCUCCCAGUCCAUUUUAUCUAGGUGCUGGUUUCAUCUCCUGGUUUGUUUGUUUUUUUUAAAGUUUGGGUAUUUUUAUAAAUAAAACAUAAAUAAAACUC